AUCAUUGAGCAACUCUAUAAAUUGAAAGUGUGCUUGUCUUUGUUUUCGUAUUGUUUGAAUUUUUAGCGACGCGUUAUACUUAUCCAGUAAUAUGGCUAAUAUAAGUAAUAGCGAAUACAAGAAGACCGAUUUCGACUGGAACGAAAUAAGCGUUGGCGACUAUAAUCUAGAUCACUCGCAAAACUUCUUUGCAGCUGCUUCUUCAAACAGGGCGAACGCGCUGGGUGAUUCAAUAGAUUUUAUGGAUAACUAUAAUAAUUCGAAGAGCGGAAAUUUGAAUAUCGACUGGAAUGAACCCAAGACGGCCGACUAUAAAAUGGAAUAUUCAAACGAUAUGUGCGGUAUGGCGAUAGCCUCCUCUUCCAACAAGGAAAACAUGGGCGAUCAAUUCAACUGUAACAAUGAGAAGAUGACGCGGGAGCAACGGGAUAUAUCAGUUUGUGACCAAAAUUUAAAUGAAGAUGACAUAGGAAAGAUAAAAACUACUGAACUGAUUCGCGAGGAUGCGCUACAGGAUAAAUCAGUUUGUGAUCAGAAUUUAAAUGUAGAGGAUAUAGUAAAGCUGAGAACUACUGGCGGGCUUGGCGAGGAUGGGCCUGAGGAUGAAUCGGCUUGCUAUCAGAAUUUGAAUGAAGGGAAUACGAAUGAUGGGAAAGCUGAACAAGAAGAGAAAGAGGAUCAAUCCGCAUCUUAUAAAAACUUGAAUGAAGAUUAUAUCGUACAUAUUGAAUCUGAGCUGCAGUUGCAGCUGCAGUUGGAUUUGUCAACAGAUUCCCAUCAAGGCGAAAGAGACGAACUGGAAUCGUUGCCGAUUCCCAAACAAGCAGAAUCAGUAAGUGACCAGGAAAUGGAGGUGAAUGAAAUACUUGGAUUGAAGCCCAGGCUGAAACUCAACUGGACACCCAAGCCGAAAAGUCAAAACGAGCCAGUGUCUGCCGGAAAGGCGCCCAGGGUUUACGAAUGCAAGGAUGUUUAUCAGAUGAAGCGGGAGAUGAUUAUGCGCCAGCGAGAGGAAGAGGAGCGUAAGGCGCGUGAAUUUCACAGCAAACCGGUGCCAAAUUUUAAGGCAUUGCACAAACGCUUGGCGGACACAAUUGUUACCCAUAAGAUAACAGUGCCUGUGACGCCAGAAACAUUGAAGCAUUCCUACGAGCAUUUGCAGCGGCGGAAACGCAGGGAAGAGAAUUCGAAAUUGUUGCAACAGGAACAUGACAAUGCCAGAAACUUACGAAGAGCUGGCCUCGCCGAAGUGAAGCCAUUUCAGUUGCGCGCCGAUCAGCGCGUACGCGAACGGCGCGAGUACAAUAAUGUUGUCCAGUGUAAUCUGGAUGAGAAAAAGAAACAGCAAGACGAACAACGCAAGCAAAGAGAAAUGGAGGAAGUUAAGGAACUGCGCAAAAUGACGGAAUUUAAAGCUCGUCCAAAUCCAUUUAAAUAACUAAAUUACAAUAAAUAAUAAUAAUGAU